AUGACGACUCUUCCUCCUCCAGCAGCUGCUCCAGCGCCGGCUAGAGCGGCGAUGCGACCGCCGCAGUAUCAGGUGCUCAAGAAGGACCGGCACACCACCAAAGUCACCAUUGACAGAUGGAGCAUCACGGCGGUGAAGCGACCAAUUCUCAACAUCAAAGAGGUAGAAACCUUACGAUCUGAUAGAGCCGAGAAAUCUCUAGGCCUUCCUCUGCCAGAAAUGACAUUCGGCAACAACUCGCUCAUCCUCUCCUAUUCUGGCUCGGCUGGCUCCUCGUCGACUUCUCCAUCAGCAGGAAGCGCUGCAUCGUCUUCGGCAUCCACGUCGGGCGAAGAAGUGCAGAUAUCGUUCAAUGCGCUUGAUGCGUUGGAAGCGGUCGCUGUUGGAGAAGGGUGGGAAGAACGGGUCGGCGGAGGGGUGCAGGUCGCGAUGGCUGAUCAGUGGGGGAAGAACCGGUACGCCUUCCUAGUCGCUGAUACAUCUAGGUCAAAUCCUUCCGCGCUCCUCACGGACGUCCCACUCCCUACCACCCCAGUCAAGCCACACGACUGGACCUACUCCGGUACGCACGCCGGCUCUGUCGCUGGACCUAGUCGUUUCGGGCCAUCUUCGACGCAUCAAAUACCGAUGACCCUCCUCGCUCGACAAGAUCCCAUCCUGGAUCAGAUCCUCUUCUAUGAGGACGUCCCGCUCUUUGAGGACGAGCUGCACGAUAACGGCGAGUCGAUCCUGAAUGCUAGAAUACGAGUCAUGCCGCAUUCGCUCUUCGUCCUCGCCAGAUUGUUCCUCCGGGUCGAUAAUGUCCUGUUCAGGAUGUUUGACGUGCGGAUGUAUCAUGCGUUCGGGAGCGGGGAGGUGAUAAGAGAAGUGAGCGGAAUGGAGGCGGAGUAUGACGAUGUUCGGGCGAUGCUGGAGAAGCCAUCCGACCUCUCUCCACUGACGGAUGCCAACUUUGUACAUCGAGCCAUGACACAUCUGGCAAGCCGACCAAAAGAGGAGCGGACGUCGUCGAGGACAGGCAAGCCAUGGCCUGGACUAGGAAAGCGAGUGGAGGUGCUCAGAUUGCCGACGGAGGCGUCGGCGCUGGAUCAGGCGGCAGAAGGGGUCCGUCAGUUGGGCAUAUCAUAG